GGAGCGGAACCGGCGUGCGAGCAGAGCAUGCGUAGCUGUAAGGCUGUCUCCUUUCUGGCCACGUCUGCCGGGUUGUCUGGUGUAGCCGCGGCGCAGCAGUAGCAGCUGUUCUGGGUUCAACUCAGCCUUACGAGCCGGGAAUGCGGGAGAAUUCUGAGGGCGCUCUGGGCUGCCGCGCGCCCCCCUGGACGGGGUUGCGUUGGCCGCAGCUGCUGGCGCUGGUUUUGCUGGCACCGCUUGCCUUCGCUUGGGAGAGCGGCGACUUGGAGCUCUUCGACCUCGUGGAGGAAGUCCCGCAAAACUUCUACGCUUUCCUCGGCGUUGAGCAGGAUGCUCCAUCGGCAGAUAUUAGGAAAGCUUAUCGCAAGCUUUCAUUGAUAUUACAUCCAGACAAGAAUAAAGACGAAAAUGCUGAAACCCAGUUUAGACAAUUGGUGGCCAUAUAUGAGGUUUUAAAGGAUGAAGAGAGAAGGCAUAGGUAUGAUGAUAUUCUGAUCAAUGGGCUACCAGAUUGGCGACAGCCUGUAUUUUAUUAUAGGCGAGUGAGGAAAAUGAGCAAUGAAGAGUUGGCAUUACUUCUGUUCAUUAUCCUCACAGUAGGACAUUAUGCCGUGGUUUGGUCUAUCUACCUGGAAAAACAACUGGAUGAGCUGCUUAGUAGGAAAAAGAAGGAGAAGAAGAAAAGGUCUGGAGGAAAGAAUAGUGAUGAAGUGAAACUUGGUGUAGAGAAGAGUGAAAGACUGGUGGAAAAACCACAGUGGCGGGACCUGCUUCCAUGUAAAGUGGGAAUAUGGUUCUACACAACGGUAAAAGCAUUGCCUCAAUUAUUUCAGGAGGCCAGGCAAUUCUACAUAGAAUAUAAAGAAACAAAAGUGAAAGAGAAAGAAGAGGCUUUGGCAAGAGCUGAACUGGAAACUCUUCAGAAGGAAAAAAAACCUAAAGUCAAAAAACCAAAAUCUGAAUUUCCUGUGUAUACUGUGGCUGAAACAAAUGCAUAUAUACCAUCAUAUGAUCAUGGGACAUCUAUUGAAGAUAUUGAGGAUCAGAUGGAUGAUUGGUUGGAAGACAGAAACAAAUCCCUUAAAAAAAAGGCCCCUGAAUGGAUGGAAGAGGACCUUAGCCAACUGACAAGAAGUAUGGUUAAGUUCCCAGGAGGGACGCCUGGUCGAUGGGAAAAGAUUGCUCACGAAUUGGGUCGAUCAGUGGCAGAUGUGACAAUGAAAGCCAAGCAGAUUAAAGAUUCAGUUUCAAGUACCCCAGGUACUAUUAAAUUCUCAGAGUUGAAAACUUUGGGUCAAAGCUCAAGAUCCAGCAAGGCCAAUAUUAACUUACCUGAUCUUAUAAUCACUCAACGGGAUAAAGAAGAAGAUGACCAGGAAGAAAAAACAAAGUACAAUUAUGAUCCAGAAACAAUAAAUAAGACCACAACAGAUGAACAAGAGACUGGGUUAAAUGAAGCCCGACAUCGCAAGCGGAAAACAAUACCAAAGGCUGCUGAAACAAUACUCCCAGGGACAAAAGAGACAACCGAGGACAAAUGUAGAGGGAAGCGCCAGAAGGACUUUGACACUGGAGAACAAGAGGAAUAUAGCGAUGAGGAGGCCAGGAAAAAAGAGAAGUGUCGCAGUUCAGAUGACUUGUGGACUCAGAAUCAACAGAAGCUUCUAGAGCUGGCUUUGCAACAGUAUCCAAAGGGAACCCUGGAACGUUGGGAUAAGAUUGCCAAGUGUGUUCCAGGAAAAAGCAAGGAAGAAUGUAUGACUAGAUACAAACUUUUGGUUGAACUUAUACAAAAGAAAAAAAUGGCCAAAAGCUGAACAUUUUGAAGAAUACUAUUCAUCAAGAUGAGAUACAUUAAACAUCAUAUGCAGUGACUUGUAUUUUUGUACCUCAGUAUUUCAGUAUGUCAUGUGCCUUAGUAAAAAUCUGUAAAUUUUACACCUUCAAUUUGAAAUAUGUUUUAAUAGAAUCAAUGUAUUUUUGUACAGGAAGGCUUUUUGCCAUUAUGGUAAUUGGUAUUUAAGAUAUGUCAUUUGGAAUGCAUAUUGGAACAACUGAGCAAAUAUCCUUUAAUAUAAAGUCAUAUUGCAGGAUUGCAUCUUCUAAGUAUCUUAUAUUUCAGUUUUCGUUAAUAAUCACUCGUUCCCUAAGAAUGUUACACUUUCUGUUUUAUUAUCAUAUAAUAUUGGCAUUACAUUCAUCCUAUUCCAAUGGAACAUGCAGAGGUAGGGAAGUGAAAAAUUUAGUCAAUUCUGAAAUAGAACAUUCCACAAAAGUUCCAUUCCUAGUCAACAAAUUUUGUAUAUUCCAGAGCACGAUAGCACAGUGGUUGGAAUGCAAUAUUGUAGGCUAACUGCUCACAUUGCCAGGAGUUUGAUUCCUUUGUUCCUGACUGACUCGAAGUUGUCUUAUCCUUCCAUCCUUCUGAAGUUGGUAAAAUAAGGACCCAGAUUCUUGGGAGCAAUAUGCUGACUGUAAAACUGCUUAGAGAGGGCUGUAAAGCACUGUGAAGCAAUAUAUAAGUCUAAGUGCUAUUGCUACUGCUGCUUUGGAGAUUUAUGGAGAACCAACAAAUGGGAACUGAAUUUCUAAUUUCAUUCUAUUUGCCUUCACUAUGGCGCCUAUAAUAUUUAUCUUCAGACCAUACUGUUCAGUAAGCAAAUUCUAUUGCCUUACCUUACAACAGUUGGUCCUCCAGUCAAUCCUUGACUGCAGCCCCCAUAACUGACCUUGCUGCCUCAAACCUGUAAGUCAGUUUCAGGUGGGCAAAGUUGCCCAUCUUUCUUUCUACACAGAGCAUAGCUCUGAUAAUUGAGAAAUAACUUUCUUAACUUAAAAAAAAUCAACAGUUGGAAACCUCAAAUGAAGGACAAAAGAAUGAUCAGUCCUAGUCAGUAAAUUCAUCAACAAAAGUGGAUUUUUUUCUAUCGCAGGUAUAUUAACCCAAGAUAUAAUUCAUUAGAUGUCAGACUACGUGAGACAUUUCAGGCAUUCCUACACUCUGUAUAUAGAAGCAGCCACAACUCAAAAUAUAUAUUCCAGUUCUGAAACAUGAGUAAAAGAGAAAAAAUAUUUGCAUUUGUAUAGGCCAAGCUCUGUCUGCUGAUGGCUGGUGCUAAUGAUGAAGGCAAGUCUUCAUUCCAAAUAAGAGUAAUUCCACUAUACCAGAAGAAUUCUCAAGUUUUCAGCUUUGCGGGGAGGAUUAGAAAAUAUUUAAGGGAGAAAACUAUUGCUUUCAGCCUAAAAUUUCAUACUAAUGCCAUGGUAGGAUGAGGAUAUCUAUCUUUUUUUUAAAGUGCUAAAACCUUAUGUUUCUCAAAAUUUAAGAAGCCAAUUGUACCUGUUUUCUUUGAGGUGAUGUGGUGUAUGGCAGCACCCUUUUCCUUAUAACUAAUACACAUUUUUUCCUAUUGGGUGAAAAGAUAUCAAACAUUGUAAAAUGACCUUUUU